AUGGAUCCCCUUCAAGAACCAAAGGAUGGAUCUGCACUGAGAACCAAGGGAUCAGCAUGGAUGGGCACCAAGAACCAAGGGAGAACUGGGGAUCUGCACUCACUGAAUGAGCCCACCAUCGACUACGGCUUCCAGAGGCUGCAGAAAGUCAUCCCACGGCACCCCGGGGACCCCGAGCGCCUCCCCAAGCGCUGGGGCACGGGAGCUGGGGGACCCCCAUGGGAUGGGGGGGGUGGGAGGGGUUUUGGGGUCGGGUCCCCCCCCGACCCUGUGCUGCUCCCUGCCAGGAGGGUGCUGCUGAAGCGCGCCGCCGACCUGGUGGAGGCUCUCUAUGGGAUGCCACACAACAACCAGGACCUCAUCCUGAAGCGCGCGGCCGACAUUGCCGAGGCGCUGUACAGCGUGCCCCGCGGCCCCGCGCAGCUCGGCACCACGCACGGCCCCGCUGCCAUGGUGGGGGUCAACUCCUUCGGCACCCAGCUGGCCGUCAGCAUCGGGGAUGCAGCGCAGGGCCCUGAGCAAGGGUUCACCCGCAGCACCAGCAGUGCGUCGCCACGGGGCUACGUGCCCAGCUCCACCCCACAGCAGGGCGCCUAUGGGGGCACGUCUGCCAUCAACGGCUAUGGGGGCAGCAGCAUGGCCGCCCUGGGGGUGCCCGGCUCGCCCAGCUUCCUCAACGGCUCCACCGCCAACUCGCCCUACGCCAUCGUGCCCGCCAGCCCCCCGCUGGGCGCCUCCUCCAUCACACUCCCAUCCGGCACCGCCGCCUCCGCCCCUCCGGGGGGCUUCUCCUUCUCCCCGGUCAAUAUGAUCUCGGCCGUGAAGCAGAAAAGCGCCUUCGCUCCCGUGGUGCGGCCACAGAGCUCCCCGCCGCCCGCCUGCUCCAGCACCAGCGGCAGCAGCCUGCAGGACGCCACCUUUGAGGACUCAGACAAGUUCCACACCCCCCGCACGAUCUCUGCAAGGCCUGGCCUAUUCCUAAGCACACCGUGCCCAGGCUCCUCGUGCCGCCCUGAGCAGCAGCCGUGGAUGGGACCGAGCGCAACCCACGCUUGGGGCCGGGGGCUCAGGGGUCGGGACCCCCGUCUCCAGCUGCCCACAGUGCUAUGGGGCAGUGGGGUGAUGCUGCAUGGGGCAGUGGGAGGGGGCGGCGGGCUCAGAUCUCGGCUCUGCCACAUGACUGAACCAAACCCUCCGAGUUCAGCCCCCAAAACGCCCCAUAGCCGUGGAGAUCUGCGGUGACACUGCCCACAGUGGGACACCACACAGAGGGGGGCGCCACGGUGGGAAGCUCCGCUGUGGGGCGGUUUGGGGCGGGAUGCUCCGCAAUGGGGUGUUGUGUGGGGGGACAGCGCAUGGCGGGACGCCCCAUGGCAGGACGUUUCAUUAUGGGAUGCUCCAUUUGGGGUUGCUCCAUGUUGGGAUGCUCCAUCAUGGGAUGUUCCACGUUGGGAUGCUCCAUGGUGGGAUGCUCCAUCAUGGGAUGCUCCCUUUGGGGACACUUCACAUUGGGAUGUUCCAUCAUGGGAUGCUUCCUUUGGGGUUGCUCCAUGUUGGGACGCUCCAUCAUGGGAUGCUCCCUUUAGGGAUGCUUCACACUGGGAUAUUCCAUCACGGGAUGCUCCCUUUGGGGAUGCUUCACAUUGGGAUGCUCCCUUUGGGGUUGCUCCACAUUGGGAUGUUCUGUGUUGAGAUAUUCUAUCAUGGAAUGCUCCAUGUUGGGACGCUCCAUCAUGGGAUGCUGCCUUUGUCGUUGCUCCACAUCGGGAUGUUCCAUCAAGGGAUGUUCCAUGUUAGGAUGCUCCAUGGUGGGAUGUUCUGUCAUGGGAUGCUCCAUGUUGGGACGCUCCAUCAUGGGAUGCUCCAUCGUGGGAUGCUCCCUUUAGGGUUGCUUCACAUUGGGAUGUUCCAUCAUGGGAUGCUCCCGUUGGGGAUGCUCCAUGGUGGGAUGCUCCACAUUGGGAUGCUCCAUGUCGGGAUGCUCCAUCAAGGGACGUUCCACAUUAGGAUGCUCCAUGGUGGGAUGUUCCAUCAAGGGAAGUUCCAUGUUGGGAUGCUCCAUGGUGGGAUGUUCUGUCAUGGGAUGCUCCAUGUUGGGACGCUCCAUCAUGGGAUAUUCCCUUUAGGGAUGCUUCACAUUGGGAUGUUCCAUUAUGGGAUGCUCCCUUUGGGGUUGCUUCACAUUGGGACACUCCAUCAUGCUUCCUUUGUUGUUGCUCCAUGUCAGGAUGUUCCAUCAAGGGACGUUCCACUUUGGGAUGCUCCAUCAUGGGAUGCUCCAUCAAGGGAUGUUCCCUUUGGGGUUGCUCCAUGGUGGGAUGUUCCAUGUUGGGAUGUUCCAUCAUGGGAUGCUUCCUUUGCGGACGCUUCACAUUGGGGUGUUCCAUCACGGGAUGCUCCCUUUGUUGUUGCUCCAUGUUGGGAUGUUCUGUGGUGAGAUAUUCUAUCAUGGAAUGCUCCAUGUUGGGACGCUCCAUCAUGGGAUAUUCCCUUUAGGGAUGCUUCACAUUGGGAUGUUCCAUCACGGGAUGCUCCCUUUGUUGUUGCUCCAUGUCAGGAUGUUCCAUCAAGGGACGUUCCAUGUUGGGAUGUUCUGUGGUGAGAUAUUCUAUCAUGGGAUGCUCCAUGUUGGGACACUCCAUCAUGGGAUGCUCCCUUUGUUGUUGCUCCACAUCGGGAUGUUCCAUCAAGGGACUUUCCACAUUGGGAUGCUCCACGUUGGGAUGCUCCAUCACGGGAUGCUCCCUUUGGGGUUGCUCCACAAUGGGAUGCUCCAUGUUGGGACGCUCCAUUAUGGGAUGCUCCCUAUGGGGAUGCUCCACAGCAGGCCGCCCCAUGGCACAGCUCUGCAUGGUGGGACGCCCCAUCCGGCCCGGCCCCCCGCUCGCCACCCACACUCGCUCCAGAUGUGCAUUUCCAGAUGUGCAGCCGCCCCCCACAGCUGGCAGGGCCGGCUCCAUGCAGGGCCGUGUUGGGACACCCAGCAGUGGAUGCCCCCCACCCCCAGGCAGAGCUCCCCUAUGGGGCACGCAGCACUUUGCCCCCACUUCCAUCAGCCCCACCAGCAGCCAGAGCCCCCCGGACGCAGCUGCAGCUCUUCUAGCAUCAUUAUUGCUACAAUUACUCUUAAUAAUAAUAAUAUUUUUAGUGACAGGUGAGGGCGGGGGGCUCCGUUGGGCCCUAUGGGAGCCCCCCAUCCUGGCGCUACCCCCCCACCCC